UCCAGGAUGGGCAGGAGUCCCCAGAACUCAGUUUUCCAUUCGGAAGCCGCGAACCUGAACCCUGCUGCAGGACCGUAAGGUGGACUCAUUUUUACGCACGGCCACAGAGGGACGGCUUCGCCUUUUACGCGCGCCUCGGAUGCUGCGGCACAACGCAAAAACGUUAAGCAGUUGUCAUGUGAGUGCGUUUGUUUGAUUUGAAGCGAAAAGUCUGCGCAAUGCUGCCGCUGGCCGUUAGAUGAUAGCUGGGGAUUUUGCGCCGCGCCAUGUCCUUCUGUCGGACUAAAGUGGACCAUGAAGUUAUGGGAUAGUCUCAUCGCGUGUUUGGUACUGCUGAGCGCCGUGCACCAGGCUGUGCACGCUGGCCCUCUGCUGCCGAACCGACGCCAGUCCGCCUGCCCCGAGAGGAGAAGGCGCGCCGAGAGCCCGCUGGAACUCCCGCCGAUCCAGAUCCGCCAGGCUGGAACCAGCGGCCCGGAGACCGACAGGGGACCGAUCAGAGGAGACAAACACACCAUGGAGGAGCCCCUGCCAAUGGAGUUUGCAGACAUGGUGGACUUCAUCAAAGUGACCAUCAGUGGAAUGCACCACACCUCCUUGUCCACUCAGCCUUCAUCGAUCUUUUCCUCCACCGCUUCCCUCUCCAUGCAGAACCUGAGGAGCAGGACUAAACACAGAAGAGAGAAGAAGGAGGAGGUGGCAAGCCAUCAGAGAGGUGAAGGAAAAAGAGGAUCGCCAAGCGGCGUACAGACAGGGAGGAAGGCUAGAGCGAGAGGAGGCAGCGGUCGAGAACAGGGUUGCAUGUUGAAACAGAUCCACCUCAACGUCUCAGACUUAGGCCUGGGCUACCUCUCGAGUGAGGAAAUGAUAUUCAGAUACUGCUCGGGACCCUGCAAGAAGUCUGAGACUAACUAUGAUAAAAUCCUGUACAACCUUGUUAACAGCAGGAGGCUUCCUGUGAGAGACACGUCCUCCCAUGCUUGCUGUCGACCAGUUGCGUUUGAUGAUGAUCUGUCAUUCCUGGAUGACAACCUCCUCUACCACACUGUGAGGAAACACUCCGCCAGGAAAUGUGGUUGCGUGUAAGAAGAAA